CCAGGCGGCUGGGUCAGUGAAGUGGGGCGCAUCUCCGCUGCAACUAACAGUUUUCACCUACUGACAAGGGUUAGCUAUGACGUCCCUGAUCAAAAAGGUGAUCUACUCGGCGAAAGCCCCAAAGCCCAUUGGGGCUUACAGUCAAGCUGUGUUAGUCGACAGGACCCUUUACAUUUCGGGGCAAGUUGGCUUAGACCCUGUGAGUGGACGGCUUGUGCCAGGAGGGGUAGUAGAAGCAAAACAAGUUCUCACCAACAUGGGCGAAAUUCUGAAAGCAGCGGACUGCAGCUUCAGCAACGUUGUAAAAACAACUAUCUUCUUGGCUGACAUAAACGAUUUUGCUGCUGUCAAUGAAAUCUACAAGCAGUAUUUCAAGAGUCAUUUUCCUGCUCCAGUUGCCUACCAGGUCGUCACUUUGCCCAUAGGAACCCGAGUGGAGAUCGAAGGAGUGGCUGUCAAAGAGCCUUUCACAACAGUGUGA